AUGGAAUAUAACUUCAAAAUUCCAUUGAGUUUAUCAAAAAAAACCAACGCGCAAAAGGAAACUACCGGAGAUCAAGCUCAACCAAGACCAUUAGCUUUCUCGGGUUUUGGUGCUAACUUAAAAAAUCCACAGCGAUUCAGCUUUGUGCGAACUAAAGACAGUAAUGCACGAACAGAAGCACCGAAGAUGAAAGAAGGCAGACUUGUACGUAGAGUGAAUAAAGCUCCUUCCUCCAUGGUUUGGACUAGAAAAAACAUUGAAACGGAACAUGCUUUAUCUCCUGAACCUGAGGCACCAAAAAAAGCCGACCAUGAUUUCAAAAUUUUCAAGCCUUCUAAGAUUCGAUUCUCUAAAAAGGCAAUCAGUUUGAAUGAAGAGCAAGUGGCAGCACUAAAUGCCUUAUUCGCUUUGAAAGGGAAGUUGUGUCCAGGUGACUUCGAUAAGUAUGAGUUGUUAAAAGAAAGAGAUAAACUGUUAUGUGAAUGGCGUCGCGCAACAGAGAAAGCUGAGGGAAAAGCUAAAAAGAUCACAGGGGAAUGCACGGCAAUGUGCUCGGAAAGUGAGAGAUAUACUCGUAUUGUCCAAAAACGAUUGUCUCCAUAUGAAUGUGAUCAUCAUGGACAGAUGAUAGAACAUAAAAUGGUCAAAGAUUAUGCCAGGAGUGCAGCUGAUCAAGAAAAGCCGCUACCCCAUGAAUUACGCACGAAAAAAAUGCUCCAUGCUUCUCUUUCAUAUUUACUCUUGGAGAUAUUUGAUAACAUGCCGGAUUAUGCUGAGUUGGCCGCUUGGUAUGACUUUCUAUGGUCAAGAACUAGAGCUCUUAGAAAAGAAGUUACACAGUUAUCGUUAUCAGAUGAAACUGCAAUCUUAUUAGUUGAAAAUUGUACAAGGUUUCACAUUCUAAGUGCUUAUCAACUAUGCACGCUGCCAGUGGAUCAGUUUGAUGAGAAAAUGAACAGCGAAAAUCUGGGAAAAUGUUUACAAACAUUGAGACAUCUUUAUCAUGACUUAGAAAAGAGAGGAAUCUUUUUCGAAACAGAAGCUGAGUUCCGAGCCUAUGAUGUGAUGCUUCAUUUUCAUGACAGUAACGUGCUUCGUCAAGUUCUUUCUUACAGAAAAGAAGUAAGGGAAUCAAAAGCCGUAAGAUUAGCUAUCCAAUUAGCUGGUGCCAUUCAAAACAAAAAUUAUGUUAGAUUCUUCCGUCUUCUCAUGAAAGAAGGGUCGUUCCUCCAAUGUUGUAUUUGUCAUCGUGUCUUCGGAGAGAUUCGAACAAGAGCUUUGUCGGUUAUGGUUAAAGCAUACCAAAAUUCCUUGUUUUCAAUUGAUAAAAUUGCCAAAAUCCUGGGAUUCGAUGAUCAUGAAACUUGCAUUGCGUUUUUAGAAGAUUGCAACUUGCAAGUAGAGAGUGGAUGUGAUCAAGUGGUGCUGCAUAAAGAAUUUUUCCGAUUCAGUGUUUCUACCAAUUCUCUAACAUAUCAAUGGAUCGAUAGAAAGAAUUCAGAAAAAUUUAGUAAGGUUGUGUAUGGAUCGGGAGAGCUCAGAUAUCCUGAACCUUCUGAAAUUCCGAACUCAUUCGAUAGCAACGGUUGUUAUACUCAGGAUGCUGUUCUGAACAGACUGAUUACCGAAUACUCUGAUGAAGUCAUGAGGCGCAGCUCUGACGUUAAUUCUAAUGACGGCUCUGUGCCAAGAUCUUUUGAAGCACCUAAUAACCCUUAUGAUACUAUGAUUAAAACCCAAACGGAGAGUAUUCUGGAAAAAGCAAUUGAGGCAGAACUGAAAGCAGCUACUACGAGAAGUAUAUACAGAGAGAUUGCCGAGAAGUUGAGUGAAAGUCUGAUAAAUGAUCAGUUCAGAAAAGUAUUAUACGAUUACACCAAAGAGCUUGAAGUGGAAGCGAAACUACGUGAGAAGCAGGAAAGAAUACUGAACGAGCGUCUGCGUGUUAAAAGUUUUGCCUCUACAAUAGCUGAGUCUGAAGUAGAAUCAUUAGUGGAGAAAGAGUUGAAGAGACUCAUUGAUCAUGAGUUGAGUCUCGAAAGAAAAUCCUACAUAGCUGAUAUUGGAGAAAUUAUAGCUCACAAAACUUGGGAAAGAGCUAUUACCUCUUUUGUCGAUAGAGAACUGAAAAUCCUAGUUAAGAAAACAAUUACGGAAGAGGAAAACCAGCUCAGAGAUGGUCUGUACAAAUUCCGAGAUCAAAUGAAGAAACUUUGGUUGAAGCAGUUCUGGGAUACUUGGAGAAAUAAGGUAAUUACGAGAAGAAAGUUCCGUGAGGAGAGGGCUCAACAAUGGGACAGUUUCCAACCAAAUUUCAAAUGUGAUUAUUUCAACCCGGCUCGCUAUAUCAACAAUAAAGGAGGAGCUUCAAACAUAAAAUUUGAUUCGGAAAUGUCUUUGAAAUUGGCAUUCUUUAAACAUAGACGAAUCAAUAGAAUUUGUCGGAAAACUAUUCAACAGUGGAGAUAUUUCUGUGAUAAACGUAAACGGGAUGAAUAUAUGGCCAGGGUUUUGGCUCAUAGGUCGCAACAAUUGGCAAACACUGUUUUAAGUAUGAAGAACGGACAGAAGAGAAAACGGAUAUCUGUUGAACCUUCUAUUUUUGAGUCAUCCUUUGGCAACAGUUCAUUUCAUUCAAUCGCUGAGGAGGAUUCUUUCUACUCUCUUCCAGACAGUAGCUUCAGGAAUGAUAUCAUGAAUUCAACUGCUCUCACAUACCAUUCGACAACUGAAUUCCGAGCACCAACAGCAUUGUCAAACAUAACAUUAGAAAGCGAGAAUAAUUUAUUGAACAACACAAUUCUAAGCGAAAAAGAAAUAAGCUUCGCCCGAAGAGCUCUAGAGAGACUACCAAGUACAGGAUCGUUUGCCGAUCAGCUGGGAUCAACUUCAUUUUCAUUGCCGGCUUCUGCCAAGGAGCUCCUCUCUAAACAUGCAGUAAAAAGAAGGAGGAGCAACAAAAAUGUUAAUGAGGCUGAUGCCUUUAAUUGCGAAGAACUGCUGAAUGAUGCUAAAAAAACCAAAGAGAACGUCCAGAGCCUGGAGAAAAAAGCUGAUGAGCUCAAGUCCAGUUUGAUAGUUCAUCAAGAGUACUUGGACAAACUGAUCAAAGCCGCAUCGCAUAUUCAGUCUAGGUCAUAUUAG